CUGUCAAACGGUCGUGCGAAAAAGGUUUGUUGACGCUCGUGUCUUCCGCCAGUGUGCUUUAGCGCGUGUCCGUUCACGUGCGCUCGGUUGAUACGGCGCGAUAAACAGUGUUUGGCGCUGUGUAUUUGUACGAGUACCGUGAACAAGAUCGAGUGCGAUCAGAUCAGCGAGCAGAUGCUGAGGUGUUUUACUGUAUAAGUGAAAGAUUUGCUCGAAAAACUCUAUCAGAUCAUGCGAUCAACGUGCUAGAAAUCAUAGUCGCUUUGCCAUAAAAUCUCAAAUUACUAAAGAAAAGUGUCGUACAAUGUGAUUUUUUUACCACUUACAGUUUCAAAGCUUUCAACUAAUUUUUCUCGAAAAAAGUGAAUCAUUGUCACAAUUUCAAUAAGCUGCUAGACGAUUAAAUACAGUCGUUAUAUUGAUGCAUCCACUCCGGCCAGAGUCAGUGAGGUCCGGAAUUGAAUUGCUAUCAUCAAAAUGGUGGAAAGACACCGUGCAUAGCCGUUAACUAUAUAGCAGACAUUUCCAGCAGCUGUUCCAUUGUUCAGUGCUCUGUAGAAAAGUGUUCUGAGUGUGCAAGCAGUUUCUCAACAACAGCAAUAAAUUAAUUAUAAAAUCAUUCAACCGUGUCGGAAAGUGGAACAAAGCUGCAAAAUUUAAGCGUAUAGCUGCUUGUAGAUCGUGUUAAAUCAGUUGUAGUGCUUUGUGCGUCUGUGAACGUGUGUUUAGCAGCAGUGGAUUGCAAGGAUAAUUAUCUUCAAGGAAAGGAUAACUUCCCUAGCCCGUUCGAAAGAGUCCGCUGUUUUCCCGCGCAACGAUCGAGAUAAUUCAAAACCCUUUGCCACGCUUGAGAUGGUCUUUAGUGGGUCCGGUCCUUCGGUCUGGUACCAGCGCAGGCCGGUACAGUCCUAGAACCCGGUCAGUCAAACGUGCCCUUCAGUAAGUCUCGCGCCGGUAUCGGCCGAUACACGAGCCGUAUCGGUAGCAACGAGCAAAGCCGACCAACGCACACCCACACAAACCCACGGGUACCCGCCGAGGUCCAUCGCCGUGUAAGCUCCUGGCACGGACGCACAGCACGGACGCAACGCUGGCCCACAAUCCUCCGGCCGGGGCAGUGCAGCGGGGCAAAGAUGCAACCGUUGCCGCCCGGCGCAAGAUGACGAUCACAGGCGAGGGCUCACGCUCCGCUAGCCGGUGGUGGUGCUGCACGCAGAAAGCACCAAACCACCACCAGCUGGCCCGCGACAGUAGCAAGCGCACCCGACACCGAACCACCCACAAGCGGAGAGAGUCCGCGAUGAAGCGGACGAAGACAGCGGCGACAACGACGACGGCGAGGAUGGAGGGAACAGUGGUGCCGUCCAUCUUGGAAUUGCCGCCAACGGACAGCUGUAGCCAUACUAGUUUUAAUUAUAAAUUUUAUCGUUACCAAUACCUUCGACCUGUAGCUAUUCUGUACAUAGCGUUAGCGGUAAUUCUAGCGAACGUGUCAGCAUUUGAGCCGGACUUUGUAUAUCCGUUGGAGAAUGUAACCGUUGCAAAAGGUCGCGACGCCACGUUCACCUGCGUCGUGAACAAUCUCGGUGGUUAUCGGGUGGCCUGGAUUAAGGCGGACGCAAAAGCAAUCCUGGCGAUACACGAGCACGUCAUCACGAACAAUGGCCGGUUGUCGGUGACGCACAACGACUACAACACCUGGACGCUCGUGAUCCGGAACGUCAAGAUGGAGGACCGGGGCGUCUACAUGUGUCAGGUCAACACGGAUCCGAUGAAGAUGCAGGUAACGGAUCGAUCAGCAGCCCGGCUGCAUCGCACUACAGUAUCGCUGUCUCUCCCUUUCUUUCCCUCGCUGCUGUGGCAGACCGCUUUUCUCGAGGUGGUGAUACCGCCGGACAUCAUCUACGAGGAAACGUCCGGCGACAUGAUGGUGCCCGAGGGUGGCUCGGCCAAGCUCAUCUGCAAGGCGCGCGGCUACCCGAAGCCAAAGAUCGUGUGGCGAAGGGAGGACGGGCGUGAAAUCAUCGCCCGCAAUGGCACGCACGGCAAGAUGAAAGCAACGAUAGUCGAAGGUGAGAUGUUGUCGCUGACGAAGGUGACACGUUCCGAAAUGGGAGCGUACAUGUGCAUCGCCUCGAACGGCGUACCACCGUCCGUGAGCAAACGGCUCAAGCUGCAAGUACACUUUCAUCCGCUAAUCCAGGUGCCAAACCAGCUCGUCGGUGCGCCGCUCGGCACGGACGUAACGCUCAUCUGCAACGUGGAGGCAUCCCCGAAAGCCAUCAACUACUGGCAGCGUGAGAAUGGCGAAAUGAUCAUCUCAAACGAGCGUUAUCUGAUGAACGAGAACGAAAGCUCGAUGUACGCGGUCCAGAUGACGCUGGUCAUUCGCAAGCUGCACAAAUCGGACAUGGGCGGCUACAAGUGCAUCUCGAAGAACAGUAUCGGCGACGCGGAGGGCACGAUACGGCUGUACGAGAUGGAGCUGCAGAAGAAAACCAAGUCGGCACACCGCGUCAACAGCGUCGAGGAUACCUCAGGCAACGACGAAAUCAACUCAACGCCCAACAUCGACCAGUCCGACGAGAGCAACAAAAUCCACAAAAACGGCCGGCUUUAUAAGGGUUUGCAGGCGGGCGAACACGACCUAAUCAGCUCCAGCACUAGCGAUGCGUCCGUCCGUGUAGGCCCGGUCACCCUGUGGCCGCUAGUGGUUGGCGCCCUGGCCCUAGCCCUCACGCACGGUAACACGCCACGGGUACGCUGUUAAGCGGAACAACAGGGGGGCGAGCGACCUAGCGCAUACGGUUCACCGUCAGCAACAACCGUCGCCUCGAUACGCACCGGAAGGAAUGGAUGCAGUUUGCUGCAUGUUACCGAAGCUUCGGUGCACCUUGUUGCAGUGUUACAGUGGCAGCUCCUGCACGACGAAGAGAGCAAAUCGUUCACGAAACGCUUCACGCGACUAGAACACAAACAUUACUCUAAAGCCCGGCUCUCGAAUCAUACAUGGCGGUAUAACGAUUGAGAUUGAUUUCACUCGCAUGCGUCUAAAGGUAUGCACUGUGCGUUACAAACUGACGCUCAUUGCAUUGCGUGUCCUUUUACUGCGCGCCACAAACUAGUUCAGUUUUAAUAGCUCUUUCUUUUUGUAAGCCCACCCUCAUGCCAUCAUACAACUUGAAUGUAUACGUACACAACAUAGAAGCUUGUUUUGGGUUGAUUUCUUUUUUGGAAGAAAAAAAAAUGCUAUAAAGUAAUGAAAAUAAUUAUUUCAUUUUCUCACCGUGUUCGUGGUUUUUUGAGCUGUGAGUAGGGAACUUUGUACUAUAUAAGACAAUUCUUCAACGAUUGGACUACCAAUAAGAUCGUGGAAAAUGGGAAAAGCAUCUACUACCACUGUAAGCUAUAGAGUAUUCAGUGCUCAUCAAAGUAUUGUCCGAAUGUGUGUGUGUUUGUUUGUGUGUGUGUGUGUGUGUGUGUGUGCGCGUGUGUGUGUGUGUGUGUGUGUGUGUGUGUGUGUGUG